UAGACUCUAGUGAGAAAGCAUGAAACCAAGAAUGGCUUCCAAUCCAGGACCUCUCACUCAGUGGCCAUGGCAGAGACUUGGAAAUUUCAAGUAUGCAUUGUUGGUUCCAUUUAUAGGUCAAAGUGUGUACAAGUUCUUUAGGAUGAGAAACAAUGGAGAAGAGAUAGCCAUGUUCAACUUGGCCAUCUUUCCAAUCUUCUUGCUUAGACUUAUCCAUUCUCAACUCUGGAUAAGCUUAUCCCGUUUCAAGACAGUACAAAGCAAGCAUCUCAUUGUUGACAAAAGCCUUGACUUCUCUCAGGUUGACAGAGAGAGUAACUGGGAUGACCAGAUUCUUUUGACAGCCAUCAUUCUUUACACAGCAAACAUGGUAUUACCUGGAGUUUCUUUUGCACCAUGGUGGAACACUAAAGGAUUUCUUAUCAUCAUAUUUCUUCACAUGGGCCCAGUGGAGUUUCUCUACUACUGGUUUCACAGAGCUCUUCAUCAUCACUUCCUCUAUUCUCGUUAUCAUUCUCAUCACCAUUCCUCCAUUGUCACUCAACCUAUCACUUCUGUAAUACAUCCAUUUGGAGAAGAGAUGGUGUACUUCAUGCUGUUUGCCAUACCAUUGAUGAGCACAGCUUUUACAGGGACUGUUAACAUUAUAGGAGUAAUAUUAUAUCUGCUGUACAUUGACUUCAUGAAUUACAUGGGUCAUUGUAACUUUGAAGUGGUUCCUCAACACCUUUUUCAUCUCUUCCCUCCUCUCAAGUAUCUCAUGUACACUCCUAGUUUUCAUUCUCUCCAUCAUACACAAUUCAGAACAAACUACUCAUUGUUCAUGCCAUUUUAUGAUUAUAUUUAUGGAACAAUGGACAAGUCCAGUGAUGAUUUAUAUGAGAGAUGUUUAAGAGGAAAGGAAGGUGUUGUUCCUGAUGUUAUUUAUUUGAGCCACUUAACUAGCUAUCAAUCCAUAUACCAUCUUUCAUUUGGUUUUGCAUCCUUUGCAUCUACACCAUUUGUACCCUUUUCCAAGUUGUGUUCUUUGCUUCUAUGGCCAUUUACAUACGUUUUGUCAAUUAUAAUAACAAACUUCAGUGGAUCAACUCUUACUUUGGAGAGGAACAAGCUUGAGAAACUCCAUAUGGAGACAUGGUUGAUACCAAGAUACAACUUCCAAUAUAUGUCAAGUGUUGAGAAGAAUAAAAUUAAUGACAUGAUUGAUGGAGCUAUCACAAAGGCAGAAUCAAUGGGUGUUAAAGUUAUAAGUUUGGGUCUAUUAAACCAAUUGAACGGAAAUGGCGAGCAAUAUAUUCGAAAAAAUCCAAAACUAAAGGUUAGAAUUGUUGAUGGGAUAAGCUUGGCAGUAGCUGUGGUCCUGAACACUGUUCCUAAAGGUACAAAAAGAGUUAUUUUCAGAGGGAAAUUCACACAGAUGGCUCAUCAAUUGAUCCUUGCUUUGUGUCAAAGAGACUUUAAGGUUCUGAUAGCUGAUGAGAAUGAGCUUGAAAACCUGAUGCAAAAAAUCCCAAAAGAACUGAGAAAUAAUUUAACAAUAUCUCACAGCUACUCAACUGAGGUAUGGUUAGUUGGAGAUGGAGUUAAGGAUGAAGAACAAGCCAAGGCUCAAAAAGGAACCCAUUUCAUUCCAUUCUCACAGUUUCCUCUGAAAAAGAAACGCAAAGAUUGCAUUUACCACACAACUCCAGCAAUGCUGAUACCAAAAACCUUUGAAAAUGUUCAUACUUGUGAGAAUUGGCUGCCGAGGAGGGUGAUGAGUGCAUGGCGUGUCGCCGGAAUAGUACAUGCUCUCGAAGGAUGGGAUGAUGCUCAUGAAUGCGGUAAUAACACCACUGAAGUCGACAAAGUCUGGUGUGCUGCUCUUGCUCAUGGCUUUCUCCCCUUUCAGAACCAAAUCAUAUAGUGAAAAUCUCAGUAUCAAUGAAGUUAUACACUAUCUAUCUAUCCACAUGCAUGAAGUUCACUAGUUACAAGCAUAUAGAUACUCUAUAUCAAUGGCAAAGAGACUGUUCUACAGUGGUUGCUACUAGCUUGUUUGUAUAUCAGCUCAGUUAGUCAAAGUAAAGAUAUACCAAGGAACAAGUAAAACCAAA